UUCAUUGAAGUGUGUCCACAUUUGUGCGUUGUUAUGGGAAAUUUAUUGACAACCAACAAUGAUAUUCUUGACGAAGAAUUGGUUGACACUUACGCCGAAUUAACAUACCUGUCGAAAAAUAAAAUACUCCAAAUUGCUAGGCAGCUCGAUAACAUAGAUUCAGGAAAACUUCGUAAGGAUCGUCAGCACCGUUUCCCAGUGGAACAAAUCGAAACAGUAUUUCCACAAAUCAAAUGCAGUCCAUUCCGUGAUUCAAUAUAUCGAGUCUUCUCAUCAGAACAAGAUAAUCAUCUGAGCCUCGAAGAUAUCUUGGAUUUAUGUUCGGCUUUCUCUGAAAAUUCUUCCGACGCCAAUCGUGCUGCCUGGGCGUUUUGUAUUUUCGACUUUGACGGCGACAAUCGAAUCUCACUCGACGAUUUGAUGGAGGCUGUGCAAAGACUGACAGGGAAUAGCCAGGACGAGUAUGUAGGCAUUGAUAUGGCGGAGGUCGAACAUGUAGCACGUAUGGUGCUUCAAGAAAUGGUCUUCAGUCAAUUGGGAGCCAUUACAUUCGAAGAAUUCACGCGUUUCCUUAGAAGGAUUCCAGAAUUUUCGUCCACAUUUCGUUUCAGUAUUUAAAUUAUACUGAUGGAUCUUCAAAGGGCA